CAAUCCUCCAGACAAGUGCCGCACAGCAUGCCCGACGGCAAGAAGCGCCCGCGCAAGCGCGCUCGCAAGGCCAAGCCCGACGACGAGGCGCAGCCAGCUGCGGCCGCACCGCUCGAGACGCCAGAGCCGGCCGCUGUCAGCGUCGCUGCCGCCGCACCGCCAGCUGCACCUGUCGCAGCGCCAAUCCAGGCAGCACCAGCCGGUGCCGCAGCUGCGCCAGUCUCGCGCUCCAAGUCCUACGCCAAGCCCGCGCCGCCCGCUCCAGCAUCUACGGCUGAAGCAAGCGCGACCGGCGCCUCGUUCUACGAGCGCGUCAACCCGCACAAGCCCUCGGCGCUGCCACGCCUGGCCGCCUCGCGCGGGCCGCGCAAGUACACGCUCAGCGUGGCGCUGCCAGGUGCGAUUGUGCGCAAUGCACAGACGCCCGAGCUGCAGGCGCGCCUGGCGGGACAUAUCGCACGCACGUGCGCCAUCUUCUGCGUCGACGAGAUCGUCGUGUUCGACGAGGGCGCCGUGCGGGAAGAGGGCGAGUGGAAGGGCAAGGCGCGCGAGGAGAACGACGGCGGCUGGGGCGACGAGGGCGGCGAGCAGGCGCAGCAGCAGCAAGCUGGCGCACCCCGAGGCUUCGACCCGAACGCCUUCUUGGCGCGGCUGCUGCAGUAUCUUGAGACCCCGCAAUAUCUGCGCAAGGCUCUCUUCCCGAUGCAUCGCGAUCUGCGCCUAGCCGGUCUUUUACCCCCUCUCGAUCUGCCACACCACCUCCGCUUCGAAGACCACGCGCCGUACCGUGAGGGCGUGACCGUCGAUGCGCCGCACUGGGCACACGCAGCGGCAGGGAAUAGGAGGGCGCCGGAAGGAGUGGAGCAGGUCUGGGUCAAUGUCGGCCUGCGAGACCCGAUUGAGGCGGACGUCAAGGGCGCGCAGGUGCCGACGGGCGCUAGAGUGACGGUCAAGAUGCCAGAGGGCGCACGGCAUAAGGGCCGCCUGGUCUCGCCGCGCGAGCCCGUCGAGGCGCACGGCCAGUACUGGGGCUACUCUGUCCGCCUCUGCCCUUCGCUCUCCAAUGCCCUCACCACUGCGCCCUUCUCUCCGGCCGGCGCAGCUGCGACAGGCUAUGACUUGGUGAUCGGCACGUCCGAGCGCGGCGCUCCUUUGACGCACGUCCUCUCGGCGACGGCGCUCGGCACGUCGGUGCCGUACCAGGUCGAGGGCGCGACGCGGGAAGCGCAACCGCUUCCGGCCUUUGACCACGCACUCGUGGUGCUGGGCGGCCUCAGUGGCUUGGAAGUGGCGGUCGAGGCGGAUGCGGGAGUGCAACUGAGCGCAGAUGAGGCACAUGAGCUGUUCGAUGCGUGGAUCGACGUGGCGGAGGGACAGGGCAGUCGGACGAUCCGCACAGAGGAAGCGCUCAUGAUCACGCUUGCGCGUCUCAAGAGCUCACUCGAGGGGUUGGGUCGAUGAGCUGCGGCAUGCAGCCGUUACACGCUUCAAGAGAGGGCCGAGAAGCCAUGUCAUCGCAAUCGCACCUGCUCCUCCAUGUCGCACAGCGGCACGUAUCGC